AAUAUCGUGGACACCGGAGUCGGGCAGGUAAGUAGUAUGAAAACCUUACAUCCCUAAUUAACUUUACAUCACUUGGAUAUUCACAAUCCCCAGGUUGGCCAUAGGUCCGUCUUCAUUAUUGUGGCGUUUGCAUUCCCGUUGUAGUGCUAUGCAUUUGCAUGGGGCGCUGACAUCACACCUAUAGAUGCUCCGUACGCGGUUUGGGGACUACCGAAUGUAGCACCUGCUCAGCGCAUAUAAACUUCGACACUUCUGACACAUUCACCAUCUCUCCAAGAACUGCACCCUCACAGCUGCAAUGUACUCCCCAAUCAAAACGCUGGUUGCCACCACUCUCAUGGUAGUCUCUGUUUGUGCUCAAGGCGCCUUCAUUAACCUGCCUACGCCUGGCUCCGAUAUCACUGCGGGUACCAACUUUACUGUGCAAAUAGGCCGCCCGGACACUAUCACUGGCAGUGAGGAGAUAUCGAUUGUAAUUGCUAUCCAGUCUUGUCCAACUGGGAACUGUCUCCCCGUUAGUGAGGAUAUGGGAACUGUCUUGUAUGCAGGCCCGUUCAAUCCCCAGUUUGGGUCGGGCGCGGACGACCCAUAUGAGGACUUCUCUGUUCAAGUUCCUGCAUCCUUCACUACUGGGCAAGCACAGCUUGGACUUGCUCACUUUACCCUCGUUGGAGAGCUUUUCUGGCCAUACUUACAACUCGCGAAUGAGACUGUUUACGUUGUUUAGGUGGCCCUGCACCAAGGCAGUACAAU